GUCGUUAUAUGAGGACCAGCCAUCAGUGAAAAUAUUCAAGACCUCAAAUGAAAUACACCUGUUGAGGUUGUCAUUUGCAUUUCUGACCUCGAAUGACAACAGUAAGUCUGGACUGAAAUCAUCUUGGAGGAUGUUGCUGAUCGAAACUGUAAGGCAGGUUGCUGUUGCUAGUUUUGUCUUUGCGGUGCUACUCAUCCGGCAAUCGAGAGGACAUUGCAGUGAACAGCUGCAAUUCACAGGCUUGGCCCAAUACAAUGACUUGAAAAUAACAAAGCCAAUUAAUCCAUUGCAAACCUUUACAUCCUUGAGAGAUGACAUGGAAUGCGCCAGGGAGUGCAUGUCGCUCGUUAGGUGUUCAAUGUUUGCCUUUAACGAGCUGAGUUUGUCUUGCUCCCUCUUUCCCGCCCCGGCGUUCAUAUACGACUUUAUUGCUCUUUCUUCAUCACCAUCUCCCGGGCAGCGAUACUACGCAGUCUCCACGGAUUGGUGCCCAGCCAAGAAAGGGUUUUUCUUUGACCGUGAAUCUGAGCUCUGCUACUAUGGAUCACAAGACAAGAGGGCGUGGAACGACUCGGAGACCGCCUGCCAAGAACUCAGUACAGGGUCGAGGCUUAUGAUGCUAAAAGACACUAUACAUCGAGAGGCAAUCGCGCGAAUCAUGGAUGCAAACAGAUACCUCAACAGCGACCAUCUGUGGAUCGGAGGGUCUGACCUGAACCCCGGGGAUGGACUCUUGAAGUACCACUGGGUAGAUGGCACGGAAAUAGUUAACCCGGUUUGGAAUCCAGGGGAACCCGGGGGGGAUCUGACAAAUGAAUUUUGCCUCUCGUACCUAUUAGCGUCAUUUUCUGAUAUGCGUUGCACGAAUGAAAAUCGAUACUUUUGCGCCAAACCCAAAUGAGGAAACCCGUCUUCUUCCAGUGGUUCAGACCCAUUCCGACCUGGAAAUUAUUAGCCGCGCCACUUUAUAACACUUAAUGUGCUUAAGAUGAUACAGAAAUAAUAUUCGUGGCGUAUAUUUUGAUAUGCAUGUAUACAUGUAACGAAAACUAAGAAAGAUUAUUAUAUGUAUUCCAGUUAUUAUGUAUAUUUAAUUGGCAAGGAGAUUACAGAGAAUAUCAUGUCAUGUUUAGCAUCUAAAUCGCUUAAUUGCCACUUGACUGUUCGGUUAAAUGAAAAGAUGCACAAUAUUGCGUUUCGUCCUGUGAGCUAUAUGGCCUUCCUGACUUCUGAAAAAAGGCGACUAAGCUCGUCGUAAAAGGCGACUAACGGGAUCGGGUGGUCAGGCUCGCUGACUUGGUUGAAGCAUGUCAUCGAUCCUAAGUGCGUGGAUCGACCAACCAACCAAUCCAAAUAAAGGUUAAAACAGUCUUCGGGAUCAAAGUAUAUGAAACGGUCUUCAAAAGCAAGACACGUGUGAUACGAAUUCGUAUCGAAUGGUUGGUUUGAUUUGUUGUUUUACGCAGCAAAAUUCGAGCUAUAUGACGGCGGUCUAAAAAUGAUCGAGUCUUGACCAGAAAAACCAGUGGUUGGUUGGUUGUUUUACGCCGCACUCAGCAAUA